AUGGACGUCCCUGACGUCUCGACAUUGACUCUUAAUGACCCUGGGCCAGCGAAUGGAAUCCAUGCUAGUCUGUCCACAAUCUCAUCUAUACCAGACGACAUCCUUGUCGCUGCCAACCCUGACACACAAAAGCUUUGUAAUUAUGCAAAAUCACUGCCCUACUCCAUCGAAUCGUACGCAAAGAUGCAGCAGAUGCUCGAUCUGAUUUUGCUUCGCCUUGCCCAGUGUGUAGAAGCCAAGGACUAUGACCCUGGAUUCCUCCAAUAUGCAACCUCGAGCUGGCAUAUGCUGAAGUACCCCAUCCCGAAAGAAAAGAGGAUUGCUUUAGUGAAGCUGUUCUUCUUCGUGUGUACGACACCCGGCCUAUCCAAUCUUGUCGUUGCUGCUGGGUCCGACACCUUGCAGAUGCUUACCAGAUCCAAGAAGAAGCUUACCAUCAACGAUAUGCGCCUCCCAUGGAAGCCUGUAUUCAAGAUUCUCAGCAAGGAUCUAUUCCUGACGAGAAGGCAGUUUGAAAUCAGUCAAACGUCGUGGUACAUGGGUUAUAUUGCUGAGAAUACCCGGAGGUUUUUUCAUCCCUCUGCCGUCGACGAGAUGCUGUCAACGUUCUUACCAAUGAUGAAGGGCACAAGCCUAAGUAGCAUGCUUGCUGCUCAAUAUUACAUGUUGACGUUUCUACCCAUGUCGCAUCCACAAUCCUACCUCCCUAUGCUCUUUCGCAUUUGGGAGUCCAUAAAUUCAUACAUGUUCGACGAUCGAAUGCUGCAGUUCCUCUCGCGUCUCGCGGAGAUGCACGUAGAUCCAACAGUAAGUGAUCCACAUAGGAUUGAGGACAUUCCGGACGAUGCCCGAUCAGAGGACGAAGAGAGGCCCAACUGGGAAAAGAAGGACCUCGAAUCCAAGUGGAAGUGGUCAGGAUUAUACUCAGAUGUUGGCAUAUUCAGCGAGAACCAUUGGAAUUUCAUCAUGUCGAAGUGCCUGGCAUCCAUGGAAAUCCCUCUGGCGGAUUCAGGAUCGUUGACGACUGGUCCAAAUGCAGACAAUCAGGCUAGUUUCGAGCUCAACCGGCUGCCGAAACCAAACUGGAGAAUAGCUUCUUUGGCUCGCAUAAUUGUUUAUUCUAUGGCCUCGGAUGGAUUGCCAGCUCCAGGUUCUACCGCCCCCACUCCUGCGUUCACUCCGUUUGUCUCCAGAGCUUCGACACCGCUUCCUCAACACAAUGGUGGCCUAGGCGACUAUCUUUCAGCGUCGCUUAGCAAGGGAAUUCAUUCGAAAGCCAAGAUGUAUUUGGCUGGCUGUAAAGCUCUAGACUCCCUCGUGAAGUUAAUUGCUUCGACUGAGGGAUUCUUCCAUCCAACCAAUUCAGGAAGUUGGACGACUGAUACUUUCGGCAUAUCUGUUGUUUACUGA